CACAUUCACAUACUCUACACAAAUCAUCAUUGGUUAAUUUCAAAAGCGUGCUGGUGCUGGUGACUGUUUUUGACGUGUCUUGUGUUGUUGUUUUUUUUUCUUUGAAAGCGUGUCGUUGUUAGUUACAAGUUUACUAUUCCAAAACAAUCAAUAAAAAACAGACAUAUUCGAAAAGGCAUAUUCAUUUCCAAAUCAUCAUAUUCUCACAUCAAUAAAGAUCGAAUAAAGCCAAUAUCAUAACUUGUGCUCAUUUGUUUUUACUUGUUGUUUUCAUUUAUCCAUUUAGUCUUUUUACCCCUAUUUAAAAGAGAGAACAAAUUUUCUUUAAUAAUGAACUCUACAUUAACUACAUCAAUUGCAUUUCAAGACAUAUGGAAUUCAACAUCAGAUGUUGUUUCCAAAUAUCUAAUCAUCAUCCUAUCAUAUAUGGAAUCUAUACCAGGUGGGUCCAUUAUAGUUAGAUAUAUAAAAUCUUCACACAAGAAUGAUCCAAUUAGAACAUUAUUUGAAAUUGCAUUAUUAGGCUUUGCAAUCAAAUAUUUCACAACUGCCAAAUAUGAAAGAAAGAAGAAGGAUUAUGUUCGUUUAAACCAAAAUGAAAUUGAUGAUUUAAUUGAUGAUUGGAUCCCAGAACCUUUGGUGCAAUCUGUUGAAUCCAAAGAAUCUUGGCAAUUGGAUUCUAUCCCAAUUGUUAAAGGUCCAAUUGAUACAAAAGUGGAAUUAAUAGAUACUCAUGGUGCCAAAAUUUUAAAUUUUGCUUCAAAUAAUUUUUUAAAUUUUGGUGUUGAUUCUAAAGUGAAAAAAGAAUGUUCUAAAGUCAUUCAUAGUAAUGGUGUUGGAGCUUGUGGACCUCCAAAUUUUUAUGGUAAUCAAGAUAUUCAUAUUAAAUUGGAGAAUGAUUUAGCUAGUUUUUUCGGAACUGAAAGUGCAGUUUUAUAUGGUCAAGAUUUUUGUACUGCAGGUUCUGUAUUACCAAGUUUUUUGAAAAGAAAUGAUACAGUUAUUGCGGAUUCCUCGGUUAAUGUUGCUAUUCAAAAGGCUUUAAUCUUGUCAAGAUGUGAUAUAUAUUGGUAUAAUCAUAAUGAUUUAGAACAUUUGGAACAAAUAAUGAAGGAUUUAAAUGAAAAUGUUUUCAAAUAUGAAAAACCAAUUUCAAGAAAAUUUAUAAUUACAGAAGAUGAAAGUUUUUCAUUAGGUGUUUUAGGUAAAACUGGUAAAGGUCUUGCAGAGGAAUUUAAUAUUGAACGUUCAGAAGUUGAUAUUACAAUUGGUUCAAUGGCUAAUGCAUUUUGUUCAUCUGGUGGAUUCUGUAUUGGUGAUCGUGUCAUGUCUUAUCAUCAAAGAAUUGGUAGUAUGGCUUAUUGUUUUAGUGCUUCAUUACCUGCUUAUGUGGCAAGAGCUACAUCUGUUGGAAUUCAAUUGAUUAAAGAUUCUAUUAAUGAAAAAAAUGGAGAAUCUUCAAUUUUAUCAAAAUUACAUGGAAAUAAUAAGACUCUGUAUGAUUUAUUUUCAAAAGAUUCUAAAAUUUCUAAACUUGUUGAAAUCAAAUCAUGUUCAAAAUCUUCAAUUUUACAUUUAGAAAUCAAUUCACAAAUCAGAUCAUUAUUAAAUUUACCAACUUCAUACACGGGAACAGGUUCAGAAUUAGCAUAUAGAAUUAAAAAAGAAUUAAAUAAUGAAGAAUUAUUAUUACAAAAAAUCAUUGAUGAAGUUAAAUCUCAAGGGAUUUUAAUAACAAGAUCAAGAUUCACAUAUGAACAAGAAUCAUUACCAUUAAUACCACAUUUGAAAAUCCAUUCAAAUGUUGAUUUUGAUAAAGGUGAUUUAAUCAAAGCUCAUGAUAUCAUUUCUAAAAUCAUUGUUAAUAAUUUAGAUGGUAUUACAUUAGAAAAGUUUACCAAAUUGGCAAACAACUAAAGCAAAAAGAACUCAUUAGACACAUACAACUACCCUUAAUACUAAUAUAACCCAACUUAAUACAACUAAUUAAUAUAGAGACGGUUUUAAGCUAUUGUAGUGGUGGUGUCAUGAUGUAAUACACCAGCUGUUCAUUUCCCCAUACAGCUACAUUUUGUUAACACCGAUUAAACAGCUCAUCAACAACAAAAGCAUAAACAUUUCUAAAUAAAACAAGGCUUUAGUAUUUCACAGCCACGUCUUGACUCUUGUAAUUAACUAGCUGCAAACUACAAAUAAUCUCCCUCUUAUUGAUCGCCUA